GAGAGGAGGUUAUAGGAAGAGGAUAAAAGCAAUGCUACAACAAGGAUAUAGCUGAGAGAAAGAAAGAGGGGCGAAGAAGAAAAGGAGAAGGUGGUGGAUGAGGCCGUGUGGUGGUGAUACCUGACGAGACUCUGAGCGGGGGGGAAAGGGGGGCCUUUCGCAGACCUUGUAUUGUCAGCCAGGCGUAAGGAAGCUUCCCCUCCAAGAUCGUUCCAAUGAACAUGUCAGUGUUGACUCUGCAAGAAUACGAAUUCGAGAAGCAGUUCAACGAGAAUGAAGCGAUUCAAUGGAUGCAAGAGAACUGGAAAAAAUCUUUCCUGUUUUCAGCUCUUUAUGCUGCCUUUAUAUUUGGUGGUCGACAUCUAAUGAACAAAAGAGCAAAAUUUGAACUGAGGAAACCACUUGUGCUCUGGUCUCUGUGCCUGGCAGUCUUCAGUAUAUUUGGUGCUGUUCGAACGGGUGCUUAUAUGGUGUACAUUUUGAUGACCAAAGGACUGAAGCAGUCAGUUUGUGACCAGAGUUUUUACAAUGGACCUGUCAGCAAAUUCUGGGCUUAUGCAUUUGUGCUAAGCAAGGCACCAGAACUAGGAGAUACAAUAUUUAUUGUUCUUAGGAAACAGAAGCUCAUCUUCCUCCAUUGGUACCACCAUAUUACUGUACUGCUUUACUCUUGGUACUCUUACAAGGACAUGGUAGCUGGUGGCGGCUGGUUUAUGACCAUGAACUAUGGAGUGCAUGCGCUCAUGUACACUUACUACGCCUUGCGGGCUGCUGGCUUCAGAGUGUCCCGGAAGUUUGCCAUGUUCAUCACCCUAUCGCAGAUCACGCAGAUGUUUGUGGGCUGCAUCAUCAACUACCUGGUCUUCGCCUGGAUGCAGCAAGGCCAGUGCCACUCACACCUUUCCAACAUCGUCUGGUGUUCUCUUAUGUACCUCAGCUACUUUGUGCUCUUCUGCCAUUUCUUCUUUGACGCAUAUGUUAGCAACACCAGAAAAACAAGGAAGGCCGAGUAAAGCUAGAAAGGAGAGAGAGAGAGAGAGAGAGAGAGAAAGCAGCAGCUGCUCAGGUCAUCCGCAAAAUGGCAAACACAAAGAGGGGGAGAGAGAAAGAGAGAGUGGGGUGGGGGACAGAAAUGGCACAAGAAGGAAACAUUUAUAUAUGGUGCAACUAAAACCCAGCAGCUAAGGGACAGCUAAGUUUGUUCAAAACCAGUAAGUUUAUGAUCCUGUCACGGUGAGGACUCACUGGAUGAUCUUGCAUCUCAAAAGGCUGCUGUAAGGCAUCUUCCUUCUUGCAUCUUACUGCUCUUAAAAAACAAACAAACCAACCACACUUUUUUUUUAAGAAGGGGGGGGGGAAGCAAAAGAAGAUAAUGAUUUUGCAAAAUAAAAUGGUAAAAAUAAAUGGUUUCCCUGACCAUAGAUGACUUUUAUUUUUUAAAAAAGCAAACUAAUUAUUUAUAUAUACUUUCUAACUUGUUGUUUUUAAAAUACAAAACUUGAACAAGAUUUGAGCAGAGGAAACACACAAUUCUGUGUCAUAUGAACAUAGGACUUUGACCUGUCAGAGCUGCAUCUAGCCCCAUUGUGUCACCUCUGACUGGCAGCUGCUUUGCAAGGUCUCAGGCAGAUGUUCUGCAACCUGACAGCCAUUUAAAAAAUAAAAACAAAAACUCAAAAGAGUCCCAGGACCAAACCUGCCAUUAUCUGCAUGCAAAGUAUCUUCUCUCCCACUGAGCUCUGACCCCCAACAAUACCAGAUUUUUGCAAAGUUAAAAGUUUUCUCCUCGAAAGAGUUGAACCCUAAAAGCUUCAAUGUGAAAAUGAAAGGUUAAUCUUGAGUGCCUGCUAUAGACAGCCAUUUAAGCUCAAUUGAAGUAAUAAAUGGAGAGGAAUUGGUUGGGUUUCUGUUUUGUUUUUAAUACUGUGUAUUAUGCUGUGAGAAGACCUGGUAUGAGAUAUUGAUUUGAGAAUUAAAUACUGUUGAGAUGCAGUAUCAGAGAGAAUGUGUUCCAGUGCAUUGUCUGGUCAAAAGCAAUGCGUACAGAAGAGCAGUUUAAUAUACAGUCAGUUAUAAUUAAAUAUGCUUGGGGCUAGUAAUAAAGGAGAGCAGGGAAAAGGAAUCAAGGAGCUAAGAAAAGGCAGAGUUGGCCAGUCCGCAACGUGCCCUACAAAAUACUGCUGAGAAGGGUUUGAGAGUCAUAGUACAGUAUAUAAUUUAUUUUUCUGAAGUCCAGUUCUCAACACAGGAUGGCUCUGAGUGUGGUUGCUGUGGGUGCAUUUUGUUGGGAAUACAUCACCAAUGCCACUUGCCCAAAGUUGAUUCCAGGGACUCCUCAGGCACAGGUUAAAGAUUAAGAACCAUAACAAGGGAAAGAAGGAGUUUUGAGGUUGCCCGUCCACAGCCAGCACGGAUUGCCAUUCUCACUAGAGUGAGAAGUAUUAUAUUUCUCUUUAAAUUGCAGCCAUCAUUUCCAAAUUGGCACCUAUUUUUAUAAAAAGAACAUGCAGAUUUUAUGCUAACUGUGCCCUCUUGUUUGCCUUUUGGGUUGGGGUGGGGUGGGGGGGUGAUUUCUUUUCUUUUUCUUUUUGGUGCUGUGUAAACGGCCACCCUAAAGACAGACCUAUUCCAUGCAGUCUCUUUCGAGAAGCCGAAUAGAUUCUGAUGGGACGCUUCCCUAAGCACACAGGGCCCAUGAGGCGAGGUGAGGCAAUUGCUUCAGGACAGCAGGCUCGGGGGGGGGGGCAGCUGAUCCUGCCUCCAUCAACCUAACAUUGCCUAUCCCAGGACCCUUAACAAACUCUAAUUCCUGAGGGUGCCAUUUUCUGGUUCACCUCAGGCAGCAGAGUAUAUUGAGCUGGUCCUGUGUGCACCCACCCACAGGAAUUGUUCCAAAAGCCAUCUUGCGAAUGCAAAACAUUAUGGUGGGACUGGUCUUUGGAACAGGAAAUGGUACUUUAAAAUAUCCUGAUCGUGGCAGCUUCCAUUUUGAUUCUACUGCUGCCCAUGGUGGUUCCCACCACAUGAUCUGCAAAGUCGUUUUCAUAAAAGAAAAAUUGUGAUUUUUUUUUUAAUUUUUUUUUUUUUUGAGGAGACACAUGCAAAACAUCCGGUUCUGCUCCUUGCAAAUAAAUCAAAAAACCCAAGAACCAUGAGCAAGCAAUGAGCCAUCAUGGGCAGAUGAGAACAGCAGCUGCUAUAAACACAGAACAGCCCUGAAAUUACAGCAGUCGGUAAAUGCAGUUGGAGUGACAGGUGCAAAGACAAAUGAAAAACUAAAUAUCUUUAGAGGGGGUGUUGUUAGUGCUGGAUGGAAACUUCAGGGGGGGGGGAAACAACCCUGUGGUAUGGUACAUAUUUUAUAUUUUUAUGAACUUUGAAGAAUAGAUAUCUGCAACCUUAAUAGUGUUCUACAGGAUUAUAUGUGAAUUUAGGUAACACUGUGCUUCUGCAUUUGCCUCACAAGCAAUGCAAAGAUGUUUAAAGUGCCCUCAUCUGGUCACUUGGAGAUACUACAGUAAAAGGCAUACGCUUGGCGUCAUCACACGGCAAGUUUUAAAUGGGAAAGGAUUGAAAGCCUAAAUGCAGUAAUUGUGCUGCAACAAAUUAACUCUAAUGUCCAGAGACAACUAUUCUUAAUUUUU